AUGUCGCCAAAUGGAGGAGUCCCGCCGCGUCUUAGUGGAAUUGCUAUUUGGAAAAAUUCACCAAAAAAAUCAGACUUUAAUGAGAUAAAAUCUAAGGGAGAAGAUAAUUUUAUCGUUAAAUGGACAGAUGGUAGUUGGCAAAAGGCAUUUACUGAGACGUUCACUGAAUUCUGUGAUUGCACUUCAAUUCACGGAAUAAAGCAUUUUCUCAAUCAUUCGUGGUUUGAGCGUCUCCUGUGGAUUGUCUUGUUCGUCAUUUCAAUCACAGGUUGCAGUCUCAUGAUUUCCCUCGUUUGGCAAAAAUGGAAUCAGAGUCCCGUGAUUCUCAGUUUCGAUAACAAGUUGAUGACAAUGGCGGCAAUUCCCUUUCCUGCCGUUACUGUUUGUUCCGAUGCGAAAGUCGAUAUCGAUCAAUUCAAUUAUCGCAGUGCCUACGAGAAAUAUUUGCGGAAUGAGAAGUUGAAUGAAACGGAAAUCGAAUAUUUAUUAGCAAUUGAUUCGAAUUUUUGUAAGAAUAUUAAGGAUCCGAGUAAUUUACCGCUACCUGAUAAAGUUAUUGAUAAAGAGUUUAUGCGGGAUUUGGCUAUUCAAAGUAAUGAUUUUAUAUCAUGUGAAAGUGGAUUGAAUAGCAUUGGCGGAGUAGAACAUUCGAAUUGCAUAUUGGAUAUUCAACGGAUUUCGACAAAUGAAGGACUUUGUUACACAUUUAAUUUGCUCAAUACAAACGAGUUAUUGAAUGAAGGAGUUUUAAAUGACUACGACAACAACAAAAAUAAUAACAUGUCAGGAUGGCAUCCUUACACUGGUUACGAGAACUACAUUCGGGGUGUGACUUAUCCAAAACGUAGUUUCGGAGCAGGCAGCACUCGUGGUAUUAACCUUCACUUAAAGACGCGUCCUGCAAAUUAUGUCAAUCAGUGCAGCAACGAGUCUCAUCACGGAUACAAUAUUUUCCUGCAUCCCCCCACCGAUUACCCCUGGAAAAAAGAAUACAUGUACAAAGUUGGCAUGGAUCAACAAAUGGCGAUAAUUAUCAAACCGCCAUCCAUCAUUACGUCCGAAAAUCUCAAGGGUUAUCCCAUUCUCAAGCGCAAAUGCUACUUCGAGGACGAACGAAAACUCAAACUUUUCCGUUAUUACUCGCAGGCAAAUUGCGAACUCGAGUGCCUGACAAGCAUCAUGUUCAAAAAAUGCGGUUGCGUCGAGUACUGGAUGCCCCAUUUGCCGCACAUGACGGAAUGUAAGUUCAAUCGGAUCAUCGACCAUCCAAAUUGCAGCUAUGAUGACAUCGAAAUUGCCAUUCAAGAGGAACGAGUAAAGACAAUUGUGGAUAUUGAUAAUCAGUUGGAGUGCAAUUGCCUGCCAAGUUGCAAUUCGAUACAGUAUGAGGCGGAUCAGACGAUGCUUUUGAAUCGGGCGGAAGAGGAUUCGGGAAAAAAUGACUCAAUAAAAUACGUAAACAUCCUCUUAUAUUACAAGACAUUCCAAUUCAUCCCGAUGAAACGCACGGAAUUGUACACCGACUUGGAUUUCAUCUCCAACUGCGGCGGACUUUUGUCUCUUUUCAUUGGCACAUCACUCCUUUCAAUCGUCGAAGUUUUGUACUUUUUCACCAUUCGUCUCGUCGACAACAUUAAAGCCAAGAAAAACCUUUAA